UCUCAGUGUUUUCUUCUUUCAGAUUUUAUUCAGUUUUUAUAACCAUACUUUAAAUUAAACCUUACAAAGAGUUUGAUACAAACAAAGCCAAAACUAGCUUUGCAAAAAAACCAAGUUUUUCAAUGCACUAAAAAAUAUCUGCCAAAACACCAUGGAGCUCCGAUAAAAGGGUCUUCGACUUGAUUGAUGUAACCAGGAUCAAAGUUGUUUUUUGCACUUUAAAUUGUUUGAAACUAGUAACUAAUAUAAAUAAAAGACUUCUCGCUAAAUUAUGGCAAAUUUUCUUCUUAAUAUAUUAAAUUCUGAUCAUAUAAGGUCAGAGGACAUUGGACAGAUAUUGGUUUUGUUUAUUUUGUUAGGCUUAUUGGAGGAGGGUACAAUAGACUUUCUUGCAACGUCCUUAGCUGCUAUAAAUACUCUUAUACUACAAUGGGUAUAUUUGCCUCAUUAAUAACUUCUUCCGAAUUAGACCAAAGUCCAGACAAUGGAACUCAAUUGUGUUCAAUUUCUUCGAAACAAGACGAUUCUUGUCACCGGAGCUACCGGUUUCCUUGCGAAGGUUUUUGUGGAGAAAAUUCUGAGAGUGCAACCAAAUGUGAAGAAGCUGUACCUUUUGGUGAGAGCAUCUGACAAUGAAGCUGCCACUAAACGCUUACGCACAGAGGUAUUUGAGAAAGAACUUUUUAAGGUAUUGAGACAGAAUCUUGGCGAUGAGAAAUUAAAUACAUUGUUGUACGAAAAAGUUGUUUCGGUCCCGGGUGAUAUAGCGACUGAUCAAUUAGGCAUAAAUGACUCUCAUCUUAGAGAACGUAUGCAAAAAGAAAUAGAUAUUGUUGUCAAUGUUGCAGCCACAACAAACUUUGACGAAAGAUAUGAUGUUGGGCUUGGGAUCAAUACAUUUGGAGCUCUCAACGUCCUUAACUUUGCCAAAAAAUGUGUUAAAGUUCAAUUGCUUCUCCAUGUCUCAACUGCUUAUGUUUGUGGAGAAAAGCCAGGUCUCAUACCUGAAAAACCAUUCAUCAUGGAAGAGAUUCGUAACGAGAAUGGUCUUCAAUUGGAUAUUAACCUUGAAAGGGAGCUUAUGAAGCAAAGAUUGAAAGAACUCAAUGAACAAGAUUGUUCCGAAGAAGACAUUACUCUUUCCAUGAAAGAACUCGGAAUGGAAAGGGCCAAGCUUCAUGGAUGGCCUAACACAUAUGUUUUCACCAAAUCAAUGGGAGAAAUGCUUCUUGGUAAGCAUAAAGAAAAUCUCCCCCUCGUCAUCAUCCGUCCCACGAUGAUCACUAGUACUCUUUCGGAACCUUUUCCUGGUUGGAUCGAAGGCUUGAGAACUGUCGACAGCGUGAUUAUUGCAUAUGGAAAGGGAGUGCUCAAGUGUUUUCUUGUCGAUGUUAACUCGGUCUGCGAUAUGAUACCAGUGGAUAUGGUGGCAAACGCAAUGAUCACGGCUGCAGCCAAACACGCUGGAGGUUCAGGGGUUCACAUGGUGUACCAUGUCGGCUCAUCUCACCAGAACCCAGUCACAUUUGGAGAGAUUCAUGAGAUUGCGGUUCGUUACUUUACGAAAAACCCUUUGCGAAGUCGCAAUGGCUCACUCAUAACCGUCUCAAAAGUGAGGUUCAUACCAACCAUGGCUUUGUUCAGCCUCUACAUGACCCUACGUUACAAACUACCUCUCCAGUUAUUAAAACUAGUUGACAUAAUAUAUCCUUGGAGAAACGGAGAUAAAUAUGGAGACAAGAACCGCAAAAUCGAGUUGGUGAUGAGAUUGGUAGAGCUUUAUGAGCCUUAUGUACUCUUCAAGGGAAUAUUCGACGAUAGAAAUACAAAGAGUUUAUGCGCAAACCAGAAGGAAGAGGAGAUCAAAAAUACAGAAAAAUUGAUGUUUGAUUUCGACCCAAAAGGAAUUAAUUGGGGAGAUUAUCUCACAAAUAUACACAUUUCUGGACUCGUCACACACGUGCUUAAGAAGUGAAAUUUUAUUUAUUUCUGCAUGUAUCUGCAAUAAAACAGAUCAUGAUGGAAAAUAUUGUUUGUUUGUACGCCAAACGUAAUUAUUUUAAAAUAAAACUUAUUACCUAUUUUUAAAUAAUGGUCUCCCAAUUCCAAUAAGCCUUCGAUAUUUAGAUUGUAACAAAUUUAUUGUUUUGUUUUACAAAGAUUAAAUUUGUGACUUUCAAUAAGUUUUAAUGUUGGGAGAUUUGCAAAACUACAUUUUUUUACUAGUUUUUUGUAAUAAUAUCUUUUUAUGUUAUAUAUUUUUAAAAAUACUUCUUCCCUUAAACAAAAUUACAAAAUUAUCUUCAUCUAAUAGGAACAUGUAAUUGAAAACUAAAAUUUUCCCGGAAAAAAAAAAUUCCCGCCAAUUUGUUUUCUCGUAACAAAUUUUUUUCUGAGCCAAAACAAUGUUUUUAAAAAUCCUUGUAAAAUUGUUUUGGCUGAAAUUAGAUUUAUAAGGGAUUUUAAAAAGAUUUUAAAAUAUUUACAAGGGAUUUUAAAAGGGUUUUAAAAGAUUUACAAGGGAUUUUAAAAGGGUUUUAAAAUAGGGUUUUCUGCAAAGUAACCCCCAAAGUCAAUUUCGUUUGCAAGUUUACCUUUCAAGUCCGAAUUAUGCAAGUCAACCCCACCAUCUCUAAAGUCACCGCAAUACAACCCUCCUAUGUAUCGAUGACGUGGCACUCGAUAACUCCGUUUAAAAACAAAUGGAUUUUGUGCAAAAAAAUCCUCAAUAUAAUUUUUUGUUGCAACAUAAACCUCCAUGUCAAAUAAAUACAGGUAAAACCACAAUUUGAAAAAUCUCCUACAACAUAGCUCUUUCGUGUAUCGAUGACGUGAC